UAAUUUCUCUGGUUAUUUGAAGAGUUGAAGCUUUCUGCUGUGAUGCGUUAUGCUUCUUGGUGGAAUGAGAUUUCUUUUGACCCGCGUUCGGGGAGCGAUUCAUGUUAAAAACGUGAUUGUUCGCGCGAGGUCGAGUUGGACUGCGGAACGCUUUCAAGAUCUGCAAUGCAAAACUCACUCGUGUCACGAAUUGAGAUCAUCACACGUCGGUCAAGAAGUUGUUUUGUCCGGUUGGGUGCAAUUCGUACGUUCUGGACGAUUUCUUGUGGUUCGGGACGGAAUCGGGUCAAUACAAGUAAUAUUGGAGGAGAAUCAGUUGCCGUCGUUUCCUGACAUGAAAAAGAUGUCAUUGGAGUCCGUGGUACAGAUUCGCGGUCUUGUGCAGCGAAGACCGGAAGGGCAAGAGAAUGAUAGUAUGGCCACUGGAGAAAUCGAAGUGAUUGCGAAGGAAGUGAAAAUACUGUCCCGAGCAGCAGCAAAGCUUCCAAUUCAGAUACGCCCCAGGAAGGAGGUAGGUGAAUCCGUGCGAAUGCGUCACAGGUAUCUUGAUUUAAGGACGCAAGUCAUGCAAAGGAAUCUCCGUUCAAGAAGUGAACUCACUUUGCGCAUGAGAGAAUUCAUGCUACGGCGGGAAGGUUUCAUUGAAAUCGAGACGCCUACAUUGUUUCGGAAAACCCCGGGAGGUGCUCGAGAGUUUAUUGUGCCGACGCACGAACGUGGGAAAUUCUACGCUCUCACUCAAAGCCCGCAGCAAUUCAAACAAUUACUGAUGGUCGGUGGAUUCGAAAAAUAUUUUCAAAUUUGCCGAUGUUAUCGUGAUGAAGGCUCGAGACCUGAUCGGCAGCCAGAAUUUACCCAGGUCGAUCUCGAGAUGGCAUUUUCGAACAAGGCGUCGGUGAUGGAUAUGGUGGAGCGUUUGUUAAAAGCAUGUUUAUCCGACCCUUUACUCGGUCGUGAAGAACGCGAUUCUUUAGCCAAACAUGGUCCCCCGGCUUUGAGAAAUGGUCUUUCGUUGCCGUCCACGUUCCCGUGCAUGACUUAUGAGCAUGCCAUGAAUAAAUAUGGAACUGACAAACCUGACCUGCGCUAUGAAUGCCAAAUAUUUGACUUCGACGAAGACGCAAGAAUGAGUGGGCUGACCAGCUGGAAUGCUUCGCUGGAAUCUGGGCAUGUUGCUCGUGCCAUCGUGUUACUGAACGCUGAGGGAAUCCUGUCUGAUAUGCCGCCCGAUGUUUGUGUUUUCGCGGCUAGAACGAAUGGGUCACUAAGGUCAUUCUCAAAUCUGAAUCCCAAAGAAACGUGGUGCAAGUCGAUGCGUGAUCGGCUGAAAUUGCAGUCACGGGACUUGCUGUGCAUCGCUAUUGGUAAAAAAUUGGAUGUGUUAAAAUCCCUUGGAUCAAUCAGGACGGAAUAUUGCAAAAUGUCUGCAUUGUCUGACUCUGGAACGGAUGAGUUCGAUGCAAAGUUCAAGUUUUUAUGGGUCGUGGACUUCCCACUUUUUGAGAAAGACGAAAAGGAUGAAUCAAUUCAAAGUGUUCAUCAUCCUUUCACUCGUCCGGUGUCCGAGCAUCUCGGUUUCCUAAAAUCGGAUCCGUUACAAGUGAUUGGAGAGCAUUAUGAUCUAGUUUUAAAUGGGUGCGAAAUAGCAGGUGGUUCAAUGCGCAUUCAUGAGAAGGAAUUGCAGGAGUAUGUGUUCAAAGACAUACUAGGGAUCAAUGGUAAAGAAAUGGAGUAUUUUCUGGAAGCAUUGGAUUCUGGUUGCCCUCCUCACGGUGGAAUUGCCAUCGGUCUGGAUCGACUGCACUCGUUGCUCACGGAAAGUGCGUCGAUUAGGAACGUCAUAGCUUUUCCGAAGACGCACUUCGGACGGGAUUUGAUGGCUGAUGCUCCUAGUGAAGCGUCUGCUGCUGACCUGGCUCAUUAUCACUUGAGACUUGGUCCGUGAUCGCGUUUAGAAUUGUUACUCUCUAGCUCUACUUUUUAUCGCGUGAUGACGAGUUCUGUUGAACAUGGCAAUUUCUUCAGUGGUCUCAA